UGUCGAACUGGAGAACUUGAAACUGUGAUUGAGGAGGACAAACAGAAGGCUGUUCAAGUUGAACUUCUGAAAAAGGAAAAUGGGAAACUUCUUUCUCAGCUGACAGCCCAGGAAUCUGUGAUUGAUGGGUUAAAAAUGGAAAGAAAAAUAUGGGGGCAGGAGUUGGCACAACAGGGAGCUCAUCUUGCUCAAGAUCGGGGAAAACUGGAGGCAAAAAUUGAAGUUUUAACGAAUGAGAUUGAGAUGUUAAAAAAACAAAAGGAACAAGACAACGAUACUAUAAGAAUUAAAAACAAAAUAGUGGACGAUCAGACAGAAACAGUUAGGAGAUUAAAAGAAGGCUUACAAGAAAAAGAUAAACAAAUCAGAAAACAGCAUGAAGAAAAUAAGGAAGCUCAGAAAUAUUUUCAAGUGCAGUUGGAUGAAAAAGCUGCUGAAUCUGAAGAGCUAAUGGGAAAAUUAGAAAGGCAAAAUAAAAGAAAAGAGGAAUUAAAGCAACUGCUAGAAGAAAAAGAAGUAGAACUUUAUGACAUUAAGAAUGCACACAGUGCACUGAAAAAGCAGUGGCAAGGUAAAGGAGAGCUAUUAAGCCAGCUGGAGGUGCAAGUUAAACAAAUGAAGGAGAACUUUGAUAUCAAAGAGAAGAAGCUGAUUGAAGAGAGAAAUAAAAGUCUUCAAACUCAGAGGAUUGCUGUGGAAAAACUUCAUGAAAUGGAUGAUGCUUUUAGAAAACAACUAGAGUCAAUGUUAGCAGCUCAUCAGGAAGAACUGUUGCAGCUAACAAAUGAAAAGGAAAAACAAAUUGAAGCAGCAAAUCAAAAAGUUUACUAUGUUGAAGAAGAAAUGCGGCAACUUCUGCAGGAAACGGCAAACAAUAAAAAAGUCAUGGAAAAUAAAAUAAGACGAUUAACACAUGUAUUGAAUGACAUUCAACAAGAUCUUUGA